AUGGCAGAUAUUCUUUUGAAAGAGAAUCAAGAAUUGCGAGCAAAGUAUGAUGAGCUGGAAAAGAACUAUAAACUUCAAAAGUAUGUUAAUGAGAAAUGUAAUGAAUCUUUGCAUCGAGGGUAUAACGAAAAGAUAGAAAGAAUUGUAAAGGAAUUUGAACAUAAGAUAGAAACGGUUGAAAACAAUUGGAGUUUGGAUCGGAAAAGUUAUAAUGAUGAAUUGGAAAAGUGGAUCUCGUCUAAUGCUAAUUUGUCAACUAAACUUGAAUUAGUUAAGACUGCACUAAUUGCUGAAAGACAUUCUCAAAGCAACAAUUCAGAUACAAAGGACUUAACUGACAAGUUUCACAAGACUGAGAAUGARYUGACUGAGUUUAGAAGAUUAUUUGAAUUAGAGAAGGAAAAGACUUAUUACAGUGUGCCGCGUAUUUGGCAUGGAGGAGGUAGGGGCGAUUCUACAGGUACUCCGUCCCCAUCUACUGCUACACCUACUCCAUCUACUGCUACACCUAGCCGACCUACACCUACUCCAUCUACUGCUACACCUAGCCGACCUACACCUACUCCAUCUACUGCUACACCUAGCCGACCUACACCUACUCCAUCUACUGCUACACCUAGCCGACCUAUUGUUGGCCAACCUACACCUACUCCAUCUACUGCUACACCUAGCCGACCUAUUGUUGGCCAACCUACACCUACUCCAUCUACUGCUACACCUAGCCGACCUAUUGUUGGCCAACCUACACCUACUCCAGGAACUGCUACACCUAACCGACCUAUUACUAGCCAACCUACACCUACUCCAUGA